GUGACUUGUUACAUGUGACAUUUUUACUACAUUGGACUAUACAGAUGUUGAUGUCACAUAGCUACAAUAUAGUUUGAUGAAUUGAAACAUGUCCAAAAAAAAUUGUAAAACAUAACUUGAACCAAAAUUAACAAAUACAAGAUGUUAAUUUACACACAUUGAUCACAACGAUCUGAUUAAUGAUUUUGGCGACAACCACAAGACCUUGCCGAUCACAAUGAAACUGAUUAUAUUUGCGUUAAUAACAAUAUUUAGAUUUGCUAAUAUAAAUACCAUUAUCACUAAUUAGCUUUAAACACAUCAAUCAAAAAAAUUUAAUUUAAAUCAAAAUGGCCAAGGCAGGGCUGGUUUCUCUUCUUUACACAUUGUUGCUAGCUGCAUUUUUUAUGCAUUGCCAUGGCAACGAGAAGAAGGUUCACAUUGUCUAUAUGGGAAACCGCCCUCAUGGAGAUUUGUCUGCUCAGGCCAUCCACCAUUCCAUGCUAAAAAAUGUUCUUGGAAGUACUUCAGCAGCAAAGGAGUCGUUAAUCUAUAGUUAUGGAAGGAGUUUCAAUGGAUUUGCAGCUAAAUUAUCUGAUGACGAAGUCGAAAAGCUCUCAGAAACGGAAGGUGUAAUCUCAGUGAUGCCCAAUCACAUAUUCAAAAUUCAUACUACAAGAUCAUGGGAUUUCACAGGUUUCUCCAAGCCAAAACUUUCUGGCUCACUGCAAGGAGAUGUCGUUAUUGGUCUUCUAGACACAGGAGUGUGGCCAGAAUCUGAAAGCUUUAGUGAUGAUGGAAUGAGUCCUCCACCAUCUAAAUGGAAAGGAACUUGCCAAGGAGAAGGAAACUUUACUUGCAACAACAAGAUCAUCGGAGCAAGGUACUAUAACAGUGAGGGCGAGUAUUAUGAAACCGACUUCAAAUCCCCAAGAGACUCAGAAGGACACGGGUCCCACACUGCUUCGACUUCAGCCGGACGAGAAGUGCAAGGGGCAAGUUACUUGGGUCUAGCAGAAGGAGUUGCAAGAGGUGGCGUCCCAUAUGCCAGAAUUUCCGUAUACAAAGUCUGCUGGUCUUUUGGAUGUGCUUCAGCAGAUAUUCUUGCUGCCUUUGAUGAUGCUAUAGCAGAUGGAGUAGACAUUAUAUCCGUAUCCCUCGGUUCUUUCAUGGCAUUCCCAUAUAUGGAGGACCCAAUUGCUAUUGGUUCGUUCCAUGCCAUGAAAUACGGUAUCCUGACAUCGAAUUCUGCCGGAAAUUCUGGACCUUUUCCUUACUCUGUCUCUAAUGUCGCACCUUGGACAUUGACUGUUGCUGCCAGCACAAUUGACAGGAAAUUCCUUGCCAAUGUUGCUCUUGGCAAUGGAAAAGUCAUCAGUGGAUUAUCCGUUAAUAGCUUUGUACUCAACAGUACAUACCCAUUGAUUUGGGGAGGAGAUGCAGCAAACUACUCUGCUGGAGCGGAUCCUGAAAUUGCAAAAAUGUGCAUUACGGGUGCGAUGAAUUCGCAGAUUGUACAAGGAAAGAUUGUUUUCUGUGAAACAAUUUGGGAUGGUUCAGGUAUUCUGUUAGCUAAUGGAGUUGGUACUAUAAUGGCUGAUUCAGAGUACAGCAAAGAUUUUGCUUUCAGCUAUCCGUUACCAGCAACGGUAAUUACUACAGAAGACGGCCAAGACAUUAUGGAUUACAUCACUUCUACAGAGUAUCCAAUUGCUACGAUUCUGGUUAGUGAGCAAUGGUCAGAUAUCAUGGCACCCUCUGUGGUUUCCUUCUCUUCUAGAGGACCCAACCCUAUUAGCCCUGACAUUCUGAAGCCUGAUCUGACUGCACCCGGUGUGGACAUUCUAGCUGCCUGGUCUCCUGUGUCGCCGCCUUCUAUCUACGAGGACGACACUCGAAGUGUGAAUUUCAACAUAAUCUCAGGUACAUCCAUGUCGUGCCCGCACGCUAGUGGUGCUGCUGCUUAUGUCAAGGCUGCUCAUCCUAACUGGUCCGCUGCUGCCGUUAAAUCAGCCCUCAUGACUACAGCUUAUGUCAUGGACUCGAGAAAGAACUCAGAUCUUGAGUUUGCUUAUGGGUCGGGUCACAUAAAUCCUGAGGCAGCAACAAAACCUGGACUUGUUUACGAUGCAUCUGAAGCAGAUUACAUUAACUUCCUAUGCAAGCAAGGUUACAACACUACCACUCUAAGACUGAUCACCGGCGACAACAGCAGCAUUUGCAACACCACUGAUCUGGGAAGAGCUUGGGAUCUUAAUUACCCAAGUUUCUCCGUCGCAGUUGAAGAUGGGCAGCCGAUUCAGGCAACGUUUACAAGAACAGUUACAAAUGUUGGCCAACCUAACUCAACUUACGGUCUGAGCAUGGAAGUUCCAAGUACUAUUAGUGUGACCGUCGAGCCAGCUCUCUUGUCAUUCUCUUACUUCGGAGAGACUAAAACAUUUACCGUCAAGGUUAACGGCCCGGAAAUGUCGCAGCAGCCAAUCAUCUCAGGUGCGAUCAUGUGGAAUGAUGGAAAUAAUACGGUUAGAAGUCCACUAGUAGUAUACAAUAUACUCCCUGGUGCUGCAUAUUCUCCUCCUUACACCAACAAUAUGCAAAAGAAAUCAUUCAAACUCAAAGGUUCUUCAAUGUAUCACAAGAGUGGAAUCCUCGGACGCAACUAAUUAAGCGAGUCUCAAUAACUUGGGAAAUUCUACUAUGUCAGAUUAAAUUUACUACAGUGUCGAAAUACAAAGUAAUAAGAAAAAUCUCUCUGUUAUAGCUACUAAGUGGGUAAGAGAGGUUAUGAGAUCAAACAUUUCAUAUUAUUCAACAAUAAACUACCUUAUAAUUAAAAAUAUUUAGCCAUAUGUGCCUGUCGUGACAGCUUUA